AUGGAGAAAGACGCAGCUGCACAUAGGAGGCACCGGCCAGGCCCCGGGGCCCCUCCACCAGGGGUGGCCCCCGGACACCUCAAGGCAGCCAGCGAGAUAGCUGAGCUCCAGAGGAGCCGGAGUGUGGGCGGCCUGCAUCAGAAGGGGGACCCUCCGAGCUGCAUCAAGAAGCCAUCCAAGGAGCUGGAGUCUGAGGACCAGGGAAGGGACCUACGAAGUGACUUUGAAGAUGCCAGCUGUCAGGCAGACCCAGAGGAGGACAAGCAGGAAAAGAAUCAGGAUGCCCUUGAGAAGUUGGACACUGAUGGAGGAAGGACGGAGCCAGAGGGGAAGGGCUGCCGCCCAGAGGAACAGGAACCAGAGUCCGUCAAGCUGGAUGAGCCUCCAGGAAAAGAGAAACCAUCUGAGUUUGUGGAGAUUGAUCUGGGAGACCAUGCCGAGGAGGUGGUCACAGGUGCCGUGAGAGAAGAGAAACGGUCCCAGAUGGAUGUGGGGGAUUUGUCAGAAGACGAGACCAAGACCAGCUGGGUGUGCUGCAUCCCGUACUCCACCAGAAGGAAGGCGAAGGAGAGCGUGUAG